AUGCUUCAUUUUCGUACCGAAGGCUAUCAAGGCUAUGCGGUCAAAUACUCGCCGUUCUUCGACAACCGAUUAGCGGUUGCUUCAUCCGCCAACUUCGGCCUCGUCGGUAAUGGCCGUCUAUAUAUCCUCGAGUUGACUCCAAACGGCAUUGUGCCGGCGAAAUGGUUCACAACCCAAGACGCCCUUUACGAUCUCGCCUGGUCCGAAGCCAACGAGCACCAAGUCCUAACCGCUACCGGCGACGGCAGCAUUAAGCUCUUCGACAGCACACUCAACGACUUCCCCAUUCAGAAUUGGAAAGAGCAUAAUCGCGAAGUAUUCAGUGUAUCCUGGAAUCUAGUAGCAAAGGAUACCUUUUGCUCGAGCAGCUGGGAUGGCACCGUGCGCAUCUGGUCCCCGCAACGGCCGCACUCGCUCGUCACUCUGCCGACACACAGUUGCACAUACAGCGCCUCCUUUUCCCCGCACUCGCCUGAUAUUCUUUCCUGCGUCUCCUCAGAUUCAUACCUGCGGGUAUACGAUCUACGGACUCCAGCCUCCGCGUCAAACCACCUUACUCUCCAGAUACCCAUCCAUGCGGCACCUGCCUCGCCGAUUCCGGGAAACCCCGGGGCGCCACCCGCCGCAUGUCCGCCAUCUGAAGCGCUGACCCAUGACUGGAACAAGUAUCGGCCGUCUGUUGUUGCAGUGGCCGGCGUGGACAGGACGAUCAGGACGUUCGACAUAAGGGCUCCACAGCAGGGGCCGCAGGCUAUUAUGAUCGGACAUGACUACGCGGUUCGACGGGUGGCUUGGUCACCGCAUCUGUCGAAUGUACUGCUGAGCGCGAGCUAUGAUAUGACCUGCCGGGCUUGGAGCGAUCAGUCGCCGCCCGGAGUAGUCGGGGACACGGAUCUCAUGCGGUCUGGGCCGUCGCCCGUUAUGGGCGCGGAGCUGGGAAGGAUGAACCGACAUACAGAAUUUGUGACGGGCGUGGAUUGGUGUCUUUUUGGGAGCGAGGGGUGGUGCGCAAGCGUUGGGUGGGAUGAGAGCGUUUAUGUAUGGGAUGUGCGUGCGGUGAUGGGAUAG